GAUGUUUUCAAAAUGGUUUCUCUAUUGCUUGGCAACAAAUGAUUGGUUCGAGGUAUGUUAACACAUGCAUCCUAUCAACACAGUCAGCGAAAAUUUUGUUAUGUGGCAAAGUAUACUGGAUGAUUAUUCGAAAGCAUAGAGAAAGAAAAUGAGAGGUUCAAGGAGAUGUUCCAGCAUUUUUACAAUUCUUAUUUUUAUGUUGUUGGGAGGGAAACUGUUGAAAAACUUUUUUAAUGUACCGGACUGCACGAAACCUGUCUUUUCGUCUGCCUAUGCCACCAUCCACACACCUAUAAGAGAAUAUUUUUCAACAAAUAUCACAAUGGAUAAAGCUUAUCUCUCUAUUUGUAUACUAUGCAAGCCCGAUGAAUACUUCAUCGACGACGUUCGUAAUUCUUUAUUGUCGGUAGUAAACCAAAUCAAAGAGAAUACUGUAAAAAUCCCAUCGUACGUCAUAAACAUCGGCAUCUUAGCAGAAGAAGAAAAUACAGUAAGACGAGUAUUAGAGAAAUUUCAAAGUUUUUCAGAAUUCAGAGAAUUACCACUAAAAUUCAUAUCUAUUUCAAAGAGUUUAGUUAAAGAACGUUUAAAACACGCUGACGUGACACCAAGUUACCGAUUAAACCAUAAUUCUUACAUCAAGCGCAGAACUAUUUUACAUAUGGUUCUAGCUAAAUUACUUUGGUAUAGUUCACAACAAAGUCAAUUCACUUUACUGACAGACUCCUCACUAACGUUGAAAGAAAAUUCUCUAGAAAACCUCACAAGAAAUUUCGACGAGAUGAAAAGCGACCCGUUAUAUUUCUUUAUAAACCUAUCUCCAAUUCCACACACAGGGAAGUUAUACCAAAGUAGGCAUUUGUUUCUGUAUGCACAGUUUUUAUUUCACGUAAGUCCAUACGCAUCUAUGGAAACUUGCGUUCGAUAUUACGAGCAUUUUAAGCCGUCUUUGAAACAAACAAAACAAAAGGAAUUUUUAUUCCAUGUUGACAAAAACUCGAUGUCCCAGUUGCGCAAUCCAAAUAAUCCGCCAGCAAUGAUAUCAUCAAAUUUUAAAGCAUAUCGAGAAUAUUUUCCGUCUAACCCUUAUGAAAGAGGAGAGUUGUUCUGGACGUCAACUCCGAAAAACAAUACCAGUUUAACAGUUAAAUUUAAUCAUCCAAUCAAAAUCAAAUCAAUUGUUAUAGAAACUGGUAAGGAUAUAUAUUUCACGGAUGAUUUCACAAAUGCUGUAUUAGAAGAAGCGCUCGUGUUGAACCAAAAUAACGAAUGUAAGGACUUCCGAAUAAUUUCGGAUUUUCGUGCUGGACGGAUCAAUAUCGGGCUGCCAUCUUAUAGAUCAACAACUGCCUGUUUGAGAAUUCGGUUAAUCGCAGAAGAAAAACACUGGAUUGCAAUCCAUUUAUUCCGGGUCACGUCGUAUUAAUGUUUUCAGUAUAAUUUUUUAGAAAAUUAUGCUAACGGUGACAGCGACAAAAGAUUUAAUGUAGUAGCUAGGCUUUUUUAAUGAAAAAUUUAUUCUUAGCAAGAGGCA